UGGCAAGGUGGUGGGACUUGCGUUGAAGCCUCUGCUCUGUCAGACAUGCGCAAGAGCGUCAGCAGCAGCACCAACAACACCGCCGCUGCGCUGCGUUUCCGCCUUGGCUGAGCGGCGCACAGAGCCAAGAGGGGAGGGGAGGGAAGCCGAAAAGAAGAGCGGAGCCACCGAGACGCAGUGGGGCACAGCACGGAGUCCGAACAAAUUACACCGACGCACCAACAUCCAAGCAGCUCCUCUCCAAAUUUACGCGUCAAAAAAAAAAAAGAAGCGAUCUGUGCGGUGUGCGCCAGAGCAUCCCAGCAUGGAGACUGCGCUAAAAAACAAUCACUCAAAUGUGAGAUUUACACAGGAAAUCAGAAGGGAGAGCGCUUGAGUGUGUGCGCGCGCGUGUGUGUGUAAGAGAGAAAGUGGCUAUCCCCUUUAUCUUUUGCGGGUGAUCUCAAUUCUGUGCUCUGCAGUCUGAAGAUGAAGAAGUUCAACAUCAGGAAGGUGCUGGACGGCUUGAAAGAGGUAUCCUCCUCCACCCCGUCUGUCCAAGUGGGGCCACAGGAGAACCAUCUGAUCCAGGAGACCCUCCAGUCCGACCAUUUCCAGCUCUGCAAGACUGUCCGUCAUGGCUUUCCCUACCAGCCGUCGUCCAUGGCUUUCGACCCUGUGCAGAAGAUACUGGCCAUCGGCACCCAGAGUGGAGCUCUCAGAUUGUUUGGUCGUCCAGGCGUGGAGUGUUACUGUCAGCAUGAGAGUGGAGCGGCCGUCAUCCAGCUACAGUUCCUCAUCAAUGAGGGAGCGCUGGUGAGUGCUCUGGCAGACGACAGUGUUCACCUGUGGAACCUGAGGCAGAAGAGACCAGCCAUCCUCCACUCCCUCAAGUUCAGCAAAGAGAGAAUAACCUUCUGCCACCUGCCCUUCCAGAGUAAAUGGUUGUACAUCGGCACAGAACGAGGGAACAUCCACCUCGUCAACGUGGAGUCCUUUAUGCUCUCGGGCUAUGUCAUCAUGUGGAACAAAGCCAUUGAACUGUCCUCCAAGGCUCACCCUGGACCAGUUGUGCACAUAAGUGACAACCCGAUGGAUGAAGGAAAGCUUAUAAUUGGAUUUGAGUCUGGGAUCGUGGCCCUUUGGGAUCUGAAAUCAAAGAAGGCCGACUGUCGCUACACUUACGAUGAGGCGAUCCACUCAGUUGCCUGGCAUCACGAGGGCAAGCAGUUCAUUUGCAGUCACUCAGAUGGAACUCUGACCAUAUGGAACAUCAGAGGCCAGGGCAAGCCCAUACAGACAAUCACCCCACAUGGAAAACAGCCCAAGGACGGGAAGAAGCCAGAGCCUUGUAAACCCAUUCUCAAAGUGGAGUACAAAACCACUAGAAUCGGGGAGCCCUUCAUAAUCCUGUCUGGUGGUCUGUCUUACGACACGGUAGGACGGCGUCCAUGUUUGACUGUAAUGCAUGGGAAGAGUACCGCAGUGCUGGAGAUGGACUAUCCAAUAGUAGACUUCCUCACACUCUGUGAGACACCAUACGCUAACGAUUUUCAGGAACCUUACGCUGUGGUGGUCCUUCUAGAAAAGGAUUUGGUGGUCAUCGACCUUGCACAAAAUGGUUACCCCAUAUUCGAGAACCCCUAUCCUCUGACUAUCCACGAGUCUCCCGUGACCUGCUGCGAGUACUUUGCCGACUGCCCAGUGGACCUCAUACCUGCACUUUACUCAGUUGGCUCGCGGCAGAAACGACAGGGCUACAGCAAAAAGGAAUGGCCUAUUAGUGGUGGAAACUGGGGUCAAGGCACACAGAGCUACCCAGAGAUCAUCAUCACUGGGCAUGCUGAUGGAACUGUGAAGUUCUGGGAUGCCUCUGCAAUAAUGCUGCAGGUGCUCUAUAAGCUCAAAACAGCCAAGGUGUUUGACAGAAACCGGUCCAAGGAGGACAAGGGCAGCACCGAGGUGUCAGAUGAAGACCCCUUUGCCAUUCAGAUCAUGGCCUGGUGCCCUGAAAGCCGAAUGCUGUGUGUGGCCGGGGUGUCAGCCAACGUUAUCAUCUACCGCUUCAGCAAACUGGAAGUAACUACUGAGGUGGUGCAGUUACUCGAGGUGCGAAUGCAGUACGAGCUGAACGACAUAGAGUCUCCAGACUGUGGGGGGGGAGAACAGACAUCGGCGCUUCCCACCCCCGGUGCCUCCCCUCAGACAAGCGGCCCACCUUCACACCCCUCCACCAGCAGCAACAACUCUGACGGAGGCAACAUGCCCUGCCUCAAAGUGCGCAGCACCCCUCUGAAGCAGUCUGCUGGUUACCAGGUAGAUUUGGUGGUCCAGUUAGUGUGGGUGAGCGGAGAGCCUCCGCAGCAGAUCACAAGUCUGGCGCUCAAUUCCUCCUACGGCCUUGUGGUGUUUGGCAACAGUAAUGGUCUGGCGGUGGUGGACUACGUCCAGAAGACGGUGGUGCUCAACUUGGGGACGGUCGAGCUUUACGGCUCCAAUGACCCCUACCAGAGACAGCCCCGCUCGCCAAGAAAGACACGACAGCCCUCUGGAGGUCUGUGCGACAUUAACGAGGGCUCAGCCACAUCAGAGGACCGCUGCAAGUCCCCUACUUCAGUGUUGAUGUCAAACAGCAAUCUACAGCAAUUCUACAAUGGAGGUGGUAGAGGAGCAAAGAUGUCACGGAAAUUAAGCUUGCCUACUGAGCUAAAGCCAGACUUGGUCCUCCUGUCUGUAUGCCCGCCGCGGGGUGCCAACCCAUUAGACCACCGGGACAAUUCUUUCAGCCGCUCCCGCUCCUCCAGCGUCACCAGUAUCGACAAGGAAGCACGAGAGGCCAUCAGCUCCUUCCACUUUAGCGAGGCCUUUGCCCGGAAGGGGGACAGCACUUUGACCCCCUGCCUGUACGUGGGCACCACUCUGGGCACGGUGCUCGCUCUAGCUCUCACAAUGCCACCUGCUGGGGAGCAACGGCAACUGCAGCCAGUUAUCGUUUCACCAACAGGCAUGCUGGUGCGGCUGAAGGGCAGCAUCAUGCGGAUGUCUUUCCUGGAUUCUACAGGUUCCAUGCUGCCCCCUGCCUUUGAGCCUUGGUUUGAGCCCAACGUGACCGCAGAUGGUGAAGAAAGAGAGAAGGUCCGUAAGCGCCGGCCCGUCUCAGUGUCCCCUUCCACCUCCCAGGACCUCAACGAGAGCCAGUACGCUGUGGUGUGUUCGGAGAAACAGGCCAAAGUCAUUUCCCUCCCCUCCCAGACCUGCAUCUAUAAACACAGUAUCACAGAGACCUCCUUCAUCCUACGGGCAGAUGUGGUGCAGAUGAGCCGAGGCGUGUGUCUGGCCUGUUUCUGCGCCAAUGGCCACAUCAUGACCCUCAGUGUGCCGGGACUGAGACCGCUCAUGGAUGUAAACUACCUGCCUUUGACAGACAUGCGGAUAGCAAGGACGUUCUGCUUCACCAACCUGGGUCAGGCCAUGUACCUCUGCUCCCCCACUGAGGCCCAGAGGCUCACUUACAGCCAGGACACCUGUGAAAACCUACAGGAGAUGCUGGGUGAACUGUUUACACCAGUGGAGACACCAGAGGCACCCAACAGAGGGUUCUUCAAAGGCCUCUUUGGGGGAGGAGCACAGUCACUGGACAGAGAGGAGCUAUUCGGGGAGAUAUCCUCUGGAAAGGCAUCCCGAAGUCUGGCCCAGCACAUCCCAGGCCCAGGUGGCCUUGAGGGCAUGAAAGGAGCAGCGUCUGGUGUCGUUGGAGAUCUGGCGCGCGCCCGAAUAGCACUGGAUGAAAGAGGCCAGAAACUGGGCGAGCUGGAUGAGAGGACAGCUGCCAUGAUGGCCAGCGCAGACUCCUUUUCCAAACACGCCCAUGAUAUGAUGCUGAAGUGCAAAGACAAAAAAUGGUACCAGAUCUGAUCAGUGAUGGGGGAGGAGCAGAGCUCCGUGGACACAACUGUCACCUUCCAUUGGCUCAUUUUGACUCACCGUGACCCCCCACCCAUCUGUCUGUCCAUUCCUCCAUCCCUGCAAGCCUUCUUCACUGGGACACUUGGGAUUUUCUUCCCUAGCACAAUGUUGAAUACUGUUCUUACCUCAGUCUUGGUAAGACUUGGUGGAACUGAAGGGUAGACAGGGGAGAAGGACAACCUCAGAGGGAGCAAAUGAAUGGUGUCUUUUAUUAUGUUUUUGUCUCUUUGUUUAUCUCUGCUUGACUGUCCUCCGAGGUAGCCAAUUGGCCCACGCACCUUGAGAUUCUUCAUUCUCACAUGCCAAAAUGUCCUUUAUUGUCGUCUCCACUCCGAGCCCAUCGGGGCCAAUAUUCAAACCGAAGAACAUAGCUGAAAAAAAAGACAAAUACCUGAAGAAGAAAUGGACUACAAAAAAUUCUUAAAAUGUAAAAAGAAGGAAAAAGAAUCUAAAUACAUCAUUAUAUAUACAUAAAUCUAAUAAAUGUGCAACGCUGUAUCCACUUCAGAGUGACAAGUACAAAAGAAAGGAAUAACCCAUCGAGGAGAAGGAGGAGCAGGGUGUGAAGGCUGAAGAAAAGUGGCGUUGGAGAGCCACAGGAAGUGCUGUGACAGUGACGCCUCCUCUAUGCAGAGAGUCAGGGGGAUAAAAGCAACCUAUUUUGAUGUACACUGGAUAUUUCGUCAUCUCGCUCAACCUCUAGACUCUCCUCUGUAUCUUACAGACUUUCAUAUCGUUACCAACAGUGUGAGUGUGUGUGUGUGUGUGUGUGUGUGUGUGUGUGCGUGUGUGCGUGUAUGUUAAUUUCUAUUAUCUUGCCAUUCCUCUAUUUGUUAUUCGUUGGGUUUUUUGCUCCGUCUGUAUUAUUGGAAAAUCUCUUAUUUUUCUAUUGUUGUGAAAGUGGAUGAUAUUUGAUUUGUUGAAAAAAUACAUUUUGUGGCUUAUAUCUUAACAACUCAAAUAAUUUCUCCUUAUGAAAAGGGCUGGAAUCUAAAAAAGGAGGGCAAGGAUAUAAAAGGCAUAUAUCAUUUAGUACUCACUUGACAUGGCAACAUCAGCUUUCUUGACUCUGAAAAGGAGGUAUGAACCUUACACAUGUAUUGUUUACCUGAGAAUUUCAUCUAUUGGCCUGAUGCGAACCGCCUCCCUCACCCUCUAAUGUCAUACGCUUCCACAGUUUGGCUUAGUCUGUGAGUGUGACUGUAAAAGCGCUGAUUAGAUCACUGUUAAAUACACUGAUAGCAUAACAGCUGUGGUGGAGUUUCCAAAUUCUGGAUGACUACGGCGAUUUCAUAUAUACACGAGUAUCCACUAUUUAUGUGUAUGCAUAUAUGCAGGAUAAUGAAAAUACAGAUGUGUAAUCCUUUAAAGGCAUCAAUGUAAAACAUAUUUCAGGUUUUGCUGACAGUUGUCUGUAUGAGAAAGUGGUCCGUGUUACUUCUUUGUUAAUAUUUAUUUAUUGAGGUGCAAGAGACGGUUGUGUUUGGUGUCAGAAACUUUCACCUUCAUCAUUAUCUCGUUUCUAUUUCCGUGCAAAUGUGUCGUAUCUCUCUGUCUACCAGGCUUUUAACCUUUAUUUGUAUAUAAGUAAAUAGUUUGACAAUCUAAGACCAACUGGAAAGUAAACGUCGAGGUUGCCUCAGCAACAGAAGAGGAGAGAGGCCAUAUUUUUUCUGACGCCAAAGAGUUGCUUCAGCUUUUCCAUUGCAUUAUCAUCUGGCUUGUCAUUCCACCAGACUGUAAUAUGUGUAAUACAGUGUUACUUCACCCACGGAGUGCAGACCGAGGAUCAGGUCCCUUUAGGAAUGUUAUCAUUUUCAGGGUUCAAGAAAUGGAGCAAGUUGCAAUGGAACUCAGCCAUUUAUAGUACUAUUGUUUCACAAUAUGUCAUAAAGUGUAACAUCUGGACUGAUGUUUAAUGUUUGAAGAGGCCUAACUGCUGGUUGAUGAGGCUGUUUCCAUAAAACAAAAAAAUCUGAACCGUUCCACUAAAGCUCGGACACAAUAUUUAUGGUAUUCAUCUGUGUGUUUGCGAAUGCGUGUUUGUAUGUGUGUCAGGGCGUGCUCGUAUAAAUUAAGUGAUAUGAUUUAAGAUUUUGGUUCUUUAAUAAUCAAUGUUGAUGUCCUGGUCUCACCAGCCUAGUCUGUGUCCAGUUGAGUGUCCGUUACACUAACUAAAGCCACCAAUGACGAUAAAAAGAAGAUAACGAUAGGAUACUGAGCAUAAGAGGAUGACCUCUAAAUUCUGGUUUAAUUUAACUGCCGCAUGUUUGGUCUUUGCACACAUGCUUGGACUCUCAUUCACUUCAGUCUUUGCCUUCCUCUCUUCCUCCAGUGAGUCCUCCACUGACUCUCUUGGUUCCACAGUGACAGAUAUGGCCUUCUCCGUGUUUAGUAAGCAUUGUUGUGUGGAUGUUGAUAGGUAGCUCUGUCUUUAACCCCCAAGGUGAAGAAGGGGGGGGGGGGGGAAACAACUUCAGGAAAAAAAAACUAGUCUUAGCUAGAGGUCAUCCCCGAAAACCUGUUCAAUGUCUUUCCCUCCCACCCAACUGUUAUUUGUUUGUUUCAGGUUUUUUCUCUUUUUGUCAAUGUAUAUAUAUAUAUUUUUUACAUAUUUGAGUGAUUUGUUUCUUCUCCAUACACUACAGUAUGCAGUAUUCUAACCCAAUACAAUCCAAACACUCAAGCAACAAGAGGGAGUCCUGUCUAUCUGCCAUAUGCCAUCUUCUGUCCUGGAUUCAACAGUUAUCAGUGGGUUGCAGUAUUUUUCUCAUUGUAGCCAAUUUUCUUGUACAGUUUUAUGCAACUUUCACAUGGAUGUUAAUGACUUUAUCUGCUGCCACACAAAUUUAGAAUUUCUGUAGAUAGAGAUUACUGUGCAAUGGAAAAUAAAAGUGGAAAAUGUA